UGAUUAAGCUUUUAAGUUUUGCAGAUUUAGGUUUGAGAGAGGGAUGGAGAAGACGCUAUGGGGCCAUUUGCCGCUACUUUUGAGAGCCAACUCAAAGGAAGCCGUAGAAUACAUCCUUCAAGCUUUAUGGAGGACUCGCAAUACUGGUCUUGAUGCUGCUGAUCGAGAAAUCAUUCGUGAAAUGCUCCAGCUCGAAAACGAAUCCGACCUUGAUCCUUUAUUGGUAUGUCUUCGAAUGUUAAUUCGCAAGUGUGUGCAUAAGAAUAUUAGCAAGGAUGAUAUCCAGAAGCUUUUUCCCAGUGAAGUGUUUCCUGAAUUACAAAGAUUGUUGACUAUUCUUCUUCAGAAGUUUCAGAGAGAAUGGCAAGAGGAUAUACCAAAGGAAAAGGUUAGUUUGCCGUUCUUAAAAUCAAUGACAUGGAAUAUGGCAAAACAGGAUGCAGGCUCGAGAGAUCCUGUUGCACUUAUAAAUUUGAAGCUUCAGAAUAAAACACAGUCCGGUAACAAAGAAGUUGAUGUAAGAUUUCAAUUGGGCAAGGAUACCUUGGAAACAAUGGUGAAGUCCAUGUCUUCCAUAAGAGACCAGUUAUCUGAGACUGGGAAUGAUGCAUCAAGCAGCCAAGUAGCUCAGGCAAAAGAUGUCUAAUUUGACAGGUGCAGGUUUUGUAAAUGCAGAUGAGAUCACGUUUGUAAAUAUGCUUUUUUUCGGCUUGAGGACGAUAUUGAAUCUUCGAGACACGAGAGUCUUGUUUAUAGAGUUAAACUUGUAAUUUCUUAGUUUGAUUGAGAUUCAUAAAUAGGAAUGUUUUCAAAUAUGAUCUUUUUGAUGAUUUCUUUUUUAAGUUAAGACACUUGUAUUUAAAGAGUUCAAUUGUUAUAAUAGUUGUGUUAAAGGAAGAAGUUAAACUAAUUUUAUUUAUAUGAAAAAAGUGAUUGGAAUA